UACAGCACAGGGGCUCUGCACAGACUCUGCUGCCUGAGGCUCCGAGGCCCCGGGCUCCAUGCCAGCGCCACCACCAGCCAGCAGGGAUCUAGGGGCUUUGACUGGCGACCCAGCGGCCGCGACGCCGCAGCCUGGGGGAAGACCCGUUCCGGUGUCAUGGCCGACUGCAGCGCUGCUGCGGCGCCGGGUCCCGGCGAUGGGAAGAGACGACAGUUCGGGAGCCGGUUCCUGAGCGACCCGGGGCGCGUGUUCCACCACAAUGCCUGGGACGGCGUGCAGUGGUCGGCGGAGCAGGCGGCGGCGGCGGCGAGGAAGGUGGAGGAGAACAGCGCUCAGCGAGUGCGCCGGGAGCUGCAGGUUGAUUAUGAGAUCAAUGCUCACAAAUACUGGGAUGACUUUUAUAAAAUCCACGAAAAUGGGUUUUUCAAGGAUAGACAUUGGCUUUUUACUGAAUUCCCAGAGCUGAGACCCAGCCAAAAACAAAAUCACUUGAAGGAUUUGCUCUCAGAAGACAAGAGUGAAAUUCUUGAAUGUAGAAGCAGUGAGGUUGGAGCUGGUUUAAUAACAGGAGAACAGCACGUGCGUUCUUCAGACAGCAUCAGAUUUUUGGAGAAGACUGUAACUCAGAAACUCAGUGACCUGCAACUUUCUGCUGAUGGUUUUCCUGGAUCCUCAGCCACUUACCGAAUACUUGAGGUUGGUUGUGGUGUGGGAAACACAGUCUUUCCAAUUUUACAAACUAACAAUGACCCAGGACUCUUUGUUUACUGUUGUGACUUUUCCUCCACAGCCAUAGACCUGCUCCAGGCUAAUUCUGCGUACGAUCCUUCACGGUGUCUUGCCUUUGUCCAUGACCUGUGUGAUGAAGAGAAGAGCUACCCAGUACCUGAGAAUACUCUGGAUAUCAUCAUCUUCAUAUUUGUGCUCUCCGCAGUUGUUCCAGAUAAGAUGCAGAACGCCAUUAACAGGCUUAGCAGACUUUUGAAGCCUGGAGGUAUGAUACUUCUGCGAGAUUAUGGCCGCCAUGACAUGGCUCAGCUUCGGUUUAAGAAAGGUCAGUGUCUGUCUGACAACUUCUAUGUGAGAGGUGACGGCACUCGAGUUUACUUCUUCACACAAGAUGAGCUGGACACACUGUUCACGACUGCGGGACUGGAAAAGGUUCAGAACCUGGUGGACCGUCGGCUGCAGGUGAACCGAGGGAAGCAGCUGACAAUGUACCGCGUCUGGAUUCAGUGCAAGUACCGCAAGCCCCCUCUGCCCGGCACCGGCUGAGACACACUGCAGUUUGCAGGGCAGACACUCGUACUGCGUCUUGCUAGUGUUACUUUUUUCAAUCAAGAUUUUUUUUAAUAUUUGUGAAGCCCUUUGAUACAUUUCUCAAGUUUUUUGGACUUUUUAAUCUCAAGGAAUCUUGUCAUUUUCUAACACAUUAAAACAAGUAUUCAUGGAAAUCGCGAA